AUGAACUAUCGCGCUCCCGUAGACUCACCCGUUUCUCUCUACUUUAAGACAUUUCCUCUUAAGAUUUGGUCCCACAGGCAUUUCUUUAAGCAUACAGGUACUCUAGAUUUGGAUCAAGCGACCCGUCUCUGGUUCGAUAAUAUCAUCACUAUAAAAUAUCUUCCCGGUUCGUUGGUCGACGAGGAGCUGUUUACUACAAUUAUCAGGAGGAAAAUGGCAAAUGUAUUUGAUGCUAAUGAAAAGAAACGUAAAUACGCUGAAGAUGAAGUACACACUAAUUCUGUUAUGACGUCUGCCGAACUUCUGAAAGAUACCUUUGAGCACCAUAGAAAAAAUACAAAACGAAAGCUAGACGCACCUGCGACCCCAUCAAACGUGACCCCAAUAGUUACUUCUGUUGUAAAUAUAUCUAAUGAAACUUUAAUCCUUGGACUGAAGGCUAAGAGUGAUGACGACGAACCAGACAUGAGAAACAUUGAAUUUGAUCAGUAUCUAUAUGACAAACCAGACACGAAAAACAUUGAAUUUGAUCAGUAUCUAGAUGACGAAAAUUUUAUUCAAGAGAAACUUUUGUUAAAUAAUUCGUAUAUACUUGAAACUAACGUUGUUGAUACCCCCAUCGCGACUGAUGAAGAUCUUGGGCUAGAAAAAGCGGAAAAGGCUGUAAGAGAAUCGUUUACAAGAACUUUUCCUAGUCCCACGGAUCAGAAAAUGUUUGAUACAAUGCAGUUUAUUUUUUUACAGCUGUAA